GCAUGAGAUCACCGUGGCACAGCUGCAUGUGUAGUCACUCUUGAAGCAAUUACACACCUAAUUGGCUGGCAAUCUUGGCGUUUUCAAAAUAAACACAAGCCUUUUAAAGAAAGGGGACGUAUUUAUGUAUGAAUAGUCAAAUAAACUUGUUGGGUGUCAUCAAUGGAGCCGUCUGGCACUGAACAGUUGUCUGAUGACCCUGACCCUGGAGGCAAGUCCCAAGAUCAAGAGACCAAAAAACAGCAUGAAUCAGAGCAAAAAUUAUCCAAAAUAACGCAUAAUGCUUUGGAGAACAUUAAUGUCAUUGGUCAAGGCUUGAAGCACCUGUUCCAGCAUCAGCGCAGGAGGUCGUCUGUUUCUCCACAUGAUGUCCAGCAAGCUCAGGCUGAGCUGGAGCCUGACCUGGAUUUGGAAAGCCAAAGCGUCUGUGCAGAAAUUGAUGGUGUCUCCACCCACCCCACAGCUCUGAACCGGGUGCUUCAGCAGAUCAGAGUGCCACCCAAAAUGAAGAGAGGGACCAGCCUGCACAGCAGGUGGGGCAAGGGAGAUGCCCCGAAAGGAAGCCCGCAGAUCAACAGAAGGUCUGCUCAGGAUAUUCAGUCGGGUCGGCCCAGAUCAUCAUCCACUACAGAUGCUCCCACAAACUUGUCUGUGAUGGAGAUUGCUUCUUCUAUCUAUGUAGGUGGAGAGGAGGCCGCAGCAGCACCUGGAGCGGAGCUCCCCAGCGAGGAGAGGAGCAGUGCUCGGAUUGAGCGAUUAGAAGUCAGCAGCUUGGCACAGACCUCCAGUGCCGUGGCCUCCAGCACUGAUGGCAGCAUUAACGUGGACUCUGUUGAUGGGACCCCAGAUCCACAGCGGACAAAAGUGGCCAUCACACACCUGCAGCAGAAGAUACUGAAAUUGACAGAGCAGAUCAAAAUUGAGCAAACAGCCCGUGAUGACAAUGUGGCAGAGUACCUGAAAUUGGCCAACAAUGCAGACAAGCAGCAGAGUGCCCGCAUUAAGCAAGUGUUUGAGAAGAAAAAUCAAAAGUCAGCUCAGACCAUCUUGCAGCUGCAGAAGAAACUGGAACAUUACCAUCGAAAGCUGCGAGAGAUUGAACAGAAUGGGAUCCCUCGGCAGCCAAAGGAUGUCUUCAGGGAUAUGCAUCAGGGUUUGAAAGAUGUUGGAGCAAAAGUCACAGGCUUCAGUGAGGGAGUGGUAGACAGUGUAAAAGGUGGGCUUUCCAGUUUCUCCCAGGCCACACAUUCAGCAGCAGGAGCUGUGGUUUCCAAACCCCGGGAGAUUGCCUCCCUCAUAAGGAACAAGUUUGGGAGUGCAGACAACAUUGCUAAUCUGAAAGACUCAUUAGAAGAAGGCCAGGAAGAUGGGACAGGAGGCAAGGCUCUAGGUGUUAUUCAGAACUUUCAGUCAAGCCCAAAAUAUGGCAGUGAAGAGGAUUGCUCCAGUGCCACAUCAGGUUCGGUGGGAGCCAACAGCACAACAGGGGGCCCUGUGGGAGCUUCCAGCUCCAAAACAAAUACUCUGGAUAUGCAGAGCUCAGGGUUUGAUGCAAUACUGCAUGAGAUUCAAGAAAUUCGAGAGACGCAGGCAAGACUGGAAGAAUCAUUUGAGGACCUUAAGGUUCGCUACCAGAGGGAUUACACGUUGAUCAUGCAGACCCUGCAGGAAGAGCGGUACAGAUGUGAAAGACUUGAAGAGCAGCUAAAUGACCUGACUGAGCUCCACCAGAAUGAGAUCCUCAAUUUAAAACAGGAGCUGGCCAGCAUGGAGGAAAAGAUUGCCUAUCAGUCUUACGAGCGAGCCCGGGACAUCCAGGAGGCACUGGAAGCGUGCCAGACGCGCAUCUCCAAGAUGGAGCUGCAGCAGCAGCAGCAGCAAGUGGUGCAGUUGGAGGGGCUGGAGAAUGCCACGGCCAGGAACCUACUGGGGAAGUUCAUCAACAUCUUGCUGGCUGUUAUGGCUGUACUCCUCGUCUUUGUCUCCACUGUGGCCAACUGCGUUGUGCCCCUGAUGAAGACUCGCAAUAGGACGUUCAGCACUUUAUUUAUAGUGGUUUUCAUUGCCUUUUUGUGGAAGCACUGGGAUGCCAUCACCGGCUACUUGGAACGAUUCUUUUCUCCCCCCAGAUGAUGGUGGCAGGAAUGGGCUGUGCUGCUCCCUCCUGGCGCUCUUGGUGAGCAAGUGUGGCAAAGAUUAGUCAGCAACUACUCUGCUGAAGUUUUAAAGUGUCCGAGUGAAUUUGUUUACAUUUAGAAUAACGUUUUUUCUCUGCAAGAUGCAUUGCAAUAGUAUUUUUUAGAUUUUAUUCAAGAACUCUUUUGGCGAGAAUCCUGGAUAAUUUUUAUGUAGCAUGGUUCUCUUUGGAUGCAAAUCUUAAGAUUCUUUGAAGUGUACAAAAGAAACGAAUAAAAUACAGAAAUUUGGAGCAUA